GGCUAGAGGCCUUACAGGGCUUUGGGAUCUUGGACGGGCAGUUGCUUGAAAUCGCAAGUGUGAACGUGGGGUGCAAAACGGACCCCCUUCGUCGCGGUGGGUUAGGAGCCCUGGCAGCCCUUUUGCGGAGGUGCCACACCCUGACGGCUGGGCCGCGGGGGGCCAGGGGUCCACUCGAACCGCAAGGACUGCGCAGUGGCCGAGGGACUGGAAGAAAGGCUCGUUUCUGGCAUCAUGGCGCAGAGGGCCUUCCCGAAUCCUUAUGCUGAUUAUAACAAAUCCCUGGCCGAAGGCUACUUUGAUUCUGCUGGGAGGCUGACUCCUGAGUUUUCACAACGCUUGAACAAUAAGAUUCGAGAGCUUCUUCAGCAAAUGGAGAGAGGCCUGAAGUCAGCAGACCCUCGGGAUAGCACUGUUUACACUGGCUGGGCAGGUAUUGCUGUGCUUUACUUACACCUCUACGAUGUGUUCGGGGACCCCACCUACCUACAAAUGGCACAUGGCUACGUCAAGCAAAGCCUGAACUCCUUGAGCAAGCAUUCCAUCACCUUCCUCUGCGGGGACGGGGGACCACUGGCAGUGGCUGCUGUGGUGCAUCACAAAAUGCACAAUGAGAAGCAGGCGGAAGAGUGCAUCACCCGGCUAAUUCACUUAAAUAAGAUUGAUCCCCAUGCUCCAAGUGAAAUGCUCUAUGGACGAAUGGGCUACAUCAGUGCUCUUCUGUUUGUGAAUAAGAACUUUGGAGAGGAAAAGAUUCCUCAGAGCCAUAUUCAGCAGAUUUGUGAAACAGUCUUAACUUCUGGAGAAGACCUAGCUAGAAAGAGAAGGUUCACAGGAAAGACUCCACUGAUGUAUGAAUGGUACCAAGAAUAUUAUGUGGGGGCUGCUCAUGGCCUGGCAGGAAUUUAUUACUACCUGAUGCAGCCCAGCCUUCAAGUGAGCCAUGCGAAGCUACAUAAUUUGGUCAAGCCCAGUGUAGACUAUGUCUGCCAACUGAAAUUCCCUUCAGGCAAUUACCCUCCUUGUGUGGAUGACAGUCGUGAUCUGCUCGUCCACUGGUGCCACGGAGCUCCCGGGGUAAUCUACAUGCUCAUUCAGGCCUAUAAGGUGUUCAAAGAAGAACGGUAUCUCAAUGACGCCUAUCAAUGUGCGGACGUGAUCUGGCAGUACGGCUUGCUGAAGAAGGGGUAUGGGCUGUGCCACGGCACUGCAGGGAAUGCCUACGCCUUCCUGUCGCUGUACAAGCUCACGCAGGAUGCUAAGUACCUGUACAGGGCCUGUAAGUUUGCUGAAUGGUGCUUAGAUUAUGGAGAACACGGAUGCCGGACACCAGACACCCCCUUCUCCCUCUUUGAAGGAAUGGCUGGAACAAUAUAUUUCUUGGCUGAUCUCCUAGUGCCCACAAAAGCCAGGUUCCCUGCAUUUGAACUAUAAAAGGAAAGUUCCCCCUCUGUUGCACCUCUGCAUGCACCUCUAUUAUCAAACCUUCGCUAAAGCAACAAUAGAGUCAAGCUCUGUAUGUAGUUUAGUUGACUGUUUUUUCAGAAUAUGUCUUUAGUUCAGUUCCUUUUUGUUAUUGACUUUUAUUUUAAAAUAUCCAAGGAAAUCUUAAGUAACUUCAGUUUCUCUUAAAGGGAGGGUAGGUGAUAUGUAUAGUACUUUGAGGGCAUAUAUGUAUAUAUUUCAGAACUUAGGGGCAAUUGUAUUCUUACUUAAGCUAUGACUAUAAUCAUCUGUUACUGUUCUAAAAAUAUUUAAAAGAAACUAAAUGUAGAUAAAAACAUGCUGCUUAUUUGAUAUUGCCCUCUACCUAUUCUCUUUAGUAUUUUAAUAACAGUUUUAUGACUUUGCUUUUCUCUAAGUGGUUAUGAAAGGGGACAGAAUUUGAAAAACUGUCAACUGGGCUAGGGACCGAAACACCAUUUUUCAAAUUCACAGUAUUUAUCUAAACUAGAGCUAAACGUACUUUCAAAUUUACCCCUUUUAGGAGAGCAUUCAGGCUCUAUAAUCCAACGCCUUUAUCAAAAACUUCUAAAAUGGGAUGGUCGUUACACGAAAAUUAUGAUUUGAUAGUUAUUUCAAGAUAAGCUAACAAAAAGUUUGUUUUUUUCAGAUAAGCUAAUAUGUUUUGGAAUUACUUAAUAUAAAUGUGUUUCUUCUUUGGAAUUAGUAAGAUCAGGAAAUGAGAUUUCUAUGUGUGAAUAUAUAUGACCCAGGAUUUGAGUCCACCCUUUCUGACUGACCUUCUAAACUUUAGCUUGUGUUUUACUUAUCUUGAAAAGACUAUGCUUUGUAAAGUGUUGCCUGCUUGAUACAAGCCAUGAGAUAUUUUCCUUCCUAUCUAUCUAGAUGUUGGUCUUUUCACUAAAUAGUAAAGCAUUCUACUUGUUUAAAGAGGGGGAGGGAUGCUAUAUGGCAGAAUCGCUAUGCUUUUGAUAGAAAUGCCGUUUAUUGAGACAGUAUUACCCAGUGAUCGUUCUUAGAACAAAUGACUUUUGUCUCUUUGCAUACUCUAGGCUUUAACAGUCAAUUUCUGAGCCCUCAGGAUUGGUUAUUUAUAUGGUAGGUGAAGAAUUCCUGGUGCUUUAAAUUCUGUGCCAAUGUUUUGACUUAGCAGCUCCCAUCCCUCCUUCUUCCAUUGCUGAUUUUCCCAGGCUUGUUUCAUCUUCUCUAUGUAUAUCGACUGAUUUUGAAACAUUUCGCCACUUUAAAAAACAGGGUCUAAGAAUUUUAAAUGUGCCUAUUUCACAACUCUCUCGGUCACAAAAAUAUGCUAUUUUUAACUGGAACUUUGAACCAAAUUCCCACUGAGUGUAUGUUGGUUCCUGUGGGUAGAAAUCCCCUAUUAUUUUCCAUGUAGCACCAAAAUAGCUAAUAUUGUUGGAAACUACCUGACCCUUUAAAGGCCAACGACAGUGGGAUCUAAGACACAGUCCACUGGCUCAAUUCCCAGGAUUAGCUUAUUCUGUGACUUGUGUUAGUGUGAACAACCUUGUGCCUCUCAGAUUUUGAAGUGCUGCUGGUAAGCUGUGGGCCAGCUUUGCCUUUCUCAUGAGCAUGAGCAUUUCAGAGGUGUCAGCAUUCACUGUAAAGCUAAUUUGCCUUUGGAUGGGUGUCCAACUUGAAAGAAUAGAGCCCGUAUGGUUUAGUUAAAUGUCUUACUGUACUCUACCUGCACUUUUAGCUACUGUAUUUACUAACCAAGGGAAAAAGAACAGAAAACACUUCCUACUAACCAGAGGACAGUGAUCACAGUGCUUCACCAAACAUCUUAAUUAGUUUUAACUCCAAAGCAGGAGACCUGGGUUCGAUCCCUGGGUCGGGAAGAUCCCCUGGAGAAGGAAAUGGCAAUCCACUCCAGGACUGUUGCCUGGAAAAUCCCAUGGACAGAGGAGCCUGGACAGUCCAUGGGGUCACAGAGUUGGACACGACUGAGCAACUUCACUUCACUUCACCAGGAAGACAUCAAGGCAGGGAGUAGAACAUUUUGAAUAAGAUUCUUGUUUGUAUUUGGAUUGCAGUUUAGCUACUGUCAUCCAUUAGCAAAUUUAUCAAUAUUGACCUGAUUAAGUUAUCAGUUAUUAAACAGGCAAGAUUUUAUACUUGUGCCAUUGUUUGUUUUAUUUAUGUUUACUAGCUCAGAAAGUUUGAUCGGCUUUUAAACUCAGGCAAAGGGUAUAAUAACCUAACACCAUGGUAGAAACUGAAAUUUUAUACUAGUUUUCUUAGUUUUGAAAGGAAGAGGCAUCAUUUCAGUUCUGUUUCUGUUAUAUCAUUUUUCCCUCAGAUAUUUUUCUCUUUGUUAAAAAAGCAAAACAAAAUGAAAAUUUUCUCAAAAUUGCUUUCCAGAAAACUCAGUAGUAUCUUUUAUCUCUAUGUAAAAACUAGGUAGUAGAACCGUAAAGCUGUGUCAGGCAGUAUCCGUUUAUCCUCCCGUGUGUGUCUGUGAAUGUCACAUCCAUUAUUUACAUCAAUCCUAUUGAUCUGUGGUCCCAUCAAGAAGUCAGCCUUUAAUCCUUAGAGUCAUUUGACUCCCUUUUCAUCUUUGAUGUCAGUUCCAAUUAUUUGGCAUCAAAAGCCUUCACGGUAGGUAGAGUUUUAGGUAAAAGUGGCCAUUUUCUCUCUUUUAUUACAGUGUCCCUGUAUAACUUAAUUGAGAGAUAUGCUUUGCUCAGGUGUCCUCAAGUUAAUUUGUGUCUGAUUUUAUAAUGCCUUGCCUUCUCUUGACUGAAUUUGAAAUACACGAUGAGAAGAUUGAAUAUUUAUUCAUCUACUCUUUCAGCCACUUGAACUCAUUUGUAGUCCUCCUUUAUCCAUGCCGAAUUCUGUCUCCAGUGCUGCCCACCCUAAAUAGGUCAGAGCACCCCACUUCUGUGUUGUUAAGCUGUAGAACUGUUUCUCUCCUACAGGUACAAAACAAAGCGUUUGGGAUAUUCAGGAAUCCUACGCCAAUGUUACAUUGCCAUUUAUUGGAAAGGGCUGGAAUUGUAUGUAUUUCUAUGUUCUAUAAAGGAUUUAUCAUACUGGUUCUCAAUAAAAUUUUAUUACAACCAUC